AUGAACAGAGGAAUACGACCAGAAUUUAAUGAAAAACUUAUAAAACUUUUUGAAAAUGAAUUACAUGAAGUAAGACGGGAAGAUAGUUUAAAAAUUGUGAAAUUACAACAAGAAAUUGAAAAUUUGAAACUGAUUAUUAAAUCCAAAGAUGAAGAGAUUCUACGAUUGAAAAAUGACCAACCACAACCACAACCACAACUACAACCACAACAAAUGUUGAAGCCUUUACUUCCUGGUAUCAAAUUAGAGAAUGAGAAUGGGAAUGGAAAUUCAUUAUCAUUUAAUAAAUAUUCCAAACAUCCAAGUUUGACAGUAUCACCAAUUAAAAGGAACCAAUCAAUCAAGAAUUCAAAGUUUGUUAAACCCAAUAAUAAUAAUAAUAAUAAUAAUAAUAAUGAUCCGACGUGUAAUAUUGAUAAACGAUUUGUUAAAUCAAUGUAUGACAAUAUCCAUUUAAUACCGACGCAAUAUUCUGAUGAUGAUGACGAUGAAAAAGAAGAAGAUAUAGGUGUACAAACUGAUCAAGACAAUGAAAAUAAUGAUGAUGAUGGAAACGAUCACGAGAACAAGUUUAAGAUUUCACCAAUUAAAUUAAAAGUACAAUUUUCAUCUCAAGGUUCAAAUACUAUUAGUCCAAAACGGAAAUAUUCCGAUUAUGAAACAACUAUGAAUUUAUCGAAGAAUUCUAGUCCAAUUAAAAAAAUACCCAAAUUAACCAAAUCAAAUUAUGAAUCACUGACUCCUACACAAUGUUUAUCUAGUUCAAUAGUUAAUUUGUCACAACAAGAGCAACAACAAGAUCAACAGCAAGAGCAAAAAAGGAAAUCAAUUUCAGUAUUAUCACCCAAAUCAACUAAUAUCCCAGAUUGUUCUUGUAAGAAUCGACAACAAUGUGAACAUUAUCAAAAUGAUCAAAUUGAAGAUAAAGAAAUAGUUGAAGAUUCACAAGAAAAUUCCGAAGAAAUAAUAACUAUUAAUAAUUUAUUCCCAUCAUCAGCAUCAUUAUUGUCAUCAUCUUUCCAUAUAGAAAUACCUGAAAAUUAUAAUACAAUUAUUUUACAACGGAAAUAUCGAUUACAAUUUUAUAUAAAUAAAUAUUAUAAUGAUGUUAAUUUCAAAAUAAAUUUCCGUCAACAUCCAACAAAAUUAAUUGAUUGGGAUGAAGUUGAUUUUAUUUUAAAUGAAAAUUAUAAACCUGAUAAAUUUAUUCAAUUUUUAAAUAGAAAUAAUAUUAAAAAUAGUAAACAAUUUGAAAAAUUCAAAAAAUUAUAUCAACACUCCACCACCACCACCACCACCACUAACAAUAAUAAUAAUGAAUUAUCACAUUUAGAACAAUUUGAAUUUGAAGAUAAAUUAAGUCAAAUAUUUGAUAAAUUUCAAUCACCACCAGGAUUUAUGCAAAGUGAAUUUCCUAAUACUCAAGAAUAUAAUCACCGACAAGAAAUAAUUAAACAACGACAAUUGAAACGAAUAAAACGAAGAAUUAAAGAUUGUAUAAUGAUACAAGAUGAUAAACAAAUUGGUGAAUUUGUUUUCGCAAUAGAAAUUUUUAAUCUUUAUGUUAUUAGUAAUCGAUGGUAUAUCAAAUGA